AUGGCGGCAUUUAUCAUCGCGACCAUCCAUGUGAACCUCUGCAUCGGGACGCUUAGUUCUUUCGUCAGAGACCGCCCUGACCUUCAAGAUCUUGUUGAGAAGUUAUUGAAUUUCGACAUCUGCGGCCAAUUCAUGCUCACAGAGGUUGGCCACGGCUUGGACGCACGUAAUCUGGAGACCAGGGCGACACUACAGCCAGAUGGCUCCUUCGAUCUCCACACCCCCAACACCGCGGCGGCAAAGGCGAUGCCUCCGACUACGCCCUACUGUAGAAUGCCACGUGUAGCAAUCGUCUUUGCUCGCCUAAUGGUGGGCGGGAAUUGUCACGGGGUGAAACCUUUCCUCGUUCCUUUGAGCAGCUCCGAGAAGAUGAAACCGGGGAUCACAUCACGAAUCUUGCCUACGAGGCCCGGAACUAAGCCCUUAGAUCAUUCAAUCACAACUUUCGAGCAUGUUCGCUUACCUCGAAAUGCCCUCCUCGGUUCCAUUUCCAAGUCGAAAGAUGAACGUGCCGAUUUUCUCCGCCAGAUCUGGCGGGUUUCAAUAGGGACGUUGUCACUUUCGAUCAUGGGCGUUUCUGCCAUCAAGGUUGGGACGCACAUCGCUGGUACUUACAGCCAACGACGAACAAUUACCGCUCCUGACGGGCAUACACGCGUACCAAUCAUGAGCUUCAGCACCCAGCAGCGUCCAAUCAUCGAGGGAUGGGUGCAGGCAUUCAUGAAUGCCGACCAUGGCCCGCUCGCGCGGCAUGCCCUUGCCACCAUUUUCAAAUCAACCGUUGUUCGAGCUUCACGCAUUUUGAAUGAGCUUACGGAGCGAUGUGGUUGGCAAGGCCUUUUUGCGUACAACCAGAUUAGCGAGUUAGCAUUGACGUUUCAGGGUAAUGCCAUUGCUGAAGGGGACACCUUGGUCCUGUGUAUACGACUGGUAUCAGAACUUCUUGGAGGGAAAUACGGCCUUCCGGCGCCACAAGAUCCGACGACAGUUUUGGCUCGCCGUGAACGGCAAAUGAUGGAAGCUGCCAGGUCCAAACUCAAGGAUAUUGGUGGAUAUGGUGAACACAGAGGCCAGGCAUUCAAUCAGCAUAUUCUUCCUUGCUGUCGCCCUAUAGCUGAGGCAAUCGGCCACCGCAUGGCUUACGAGGCAGCAAGAGAAUCAGGGGCCUGUCCAAAGUCCUCCGUCUAUACGAACACAUCGAUCGGGGACGCCGCAGUUGAGGCAUACGAUGAUGUGUUGGCCGACAUGUUGCAGUCGCUGCAAAACUAUGAAGCGGAUGCCUACACUACUGCACCUAUCAUGUCGGACCAGUCAUGGGCCAGUUUCGUCGAUAAGAUGCAGUCGUUCAAGCAUCCGAGCGAUCAUGCUCGAGACAUCCAACCCAAACUCUAA